GGCGGGCGCGGGUGCCCGCGUGCGGCUGAGCCGCGUGUGCGCCGGCCGGGGUGCGGGAGAGGCAGGAGCGCGCCACGCGCGGCCGCCGGGCCGAGCCCGAGGAGCGCGGCGCCGCCCGGUCAUGGCCCCCGCCCGGGCCCGCCUGUCCCCCGCUCUCUGGGUCGUCACGGCCGCGGCGGCGGCCACCUGCGUGUCUGCGGGGCGCGGCGAAGUGAACCUGUUGGACACCUCAACCAUCCAUGGAGACUGGGGCUGGCUCACAUAUCCGGCUCACGGGUGGGACUCCAUCAACGAGGUGGAUGAGUCCUUCCGGCCCAUCCAUACGUACCAAGUGUGCAACGUCAUGACCCCUAAUCAGAACAACUGGCUGCGUACAAACUGGGUGCCCCGCGAUGGUGCCCGGCGUGUCUACGCUGAGAUCAAGUUCACGCUGCGUGACUGCAACAGCAUCCCUGGUGUGCUGGGCACCUGCAAGGAGACCUUCAACCUUCACUACCUGGAGUCUGACCGGGACCUAGGUGCCAGCACACAGGAGAGCCAGUUCCUCAAGAUUGACACCAUCGCGGCUGAUGAGAGCUUCACGGGUGCUGACCUGGGUGUGCGGAGGCUCAAGCUGAACACGGAGGUUCGUGGUGUGGGCCCACUCAGCAAGCGUGGCUUCUACUUGGCCUUCCAGGAUAUAGGCGCCUGCCUCGCCAUCCUCUCACUCCGCAUCUACUACAAGAAGUGUCCCGCCAUGGUCCGCAACCUGGCAGCAUUCUCAGAGGCAGUGACUGGGGCUGACUCAUCCUCGCUGGUAGAGGUUCGAGGCCAGUGUGUGCGGCACUCUGAGGAGCGAGACACACCCAAGAUGUACUGCAGUGCUGAGGGCGAGUGGCUGGUACCCAUUGGCAAGUGCGUGUGCAGUGCUGGCUAUGAGGAGCGGCGAGAUGCCUGUAUGGCCUGUGAGCUGGGCUUCUACAAAUCAGCCCCCGGGGACCAGCUGUGUGCCCGAUGCCCACCCCACAGCCAUUCUGCGACCCCUGCGGCCCAGACCUGCCGUUGUGACCUCAGUUACUACCGAGCAGCCUUGGACCCACCAUCCGCAGCCUGCACCCGGCCACCCUCAGCGCCAGUGAACCUGAUCUCCAGUGUGAAUGGGACUUCUGUGACCCUGGAGUGGGCCCCUCCCCUGGACCCAGGUGGCCGCAGUGACAUCACCUACAAUGCAGUGUGCCGCCGCUGCCCCUGGGCCCUGAGCCACUGUGAGGCUUGUGGGAGUGGAACCCGCUUCGUCCCACAGCAGACAAGCCUGGCACAGGCCAGCCUGCUGGUGGCCAACCUGCUGGCCCACAUGAACUACUCCUUCUGGAUUGAGGCUGUCAAUGGUGUGUCCAACCUGAGCCCCGAGCCCCGCAGCGCUGCUGUGGUCAACAUCACCACGAACCAGGCAGCCCCAUCCCAGGUGGUGGUGAUCCGGCAGGAGCGGGCAGGGCAGACCAGCGUGUCACUGCUGUGGCAGGAGCCAGAGCAGCCCAACGGCAUCAUCCUGGAGUACGAGAUCAAGUACUACGAGAAGGAUAAGGAGAUGCAAAGCUACUCUACCCUUAAGGCUGUUACCACCCGCGCUACUGUGUCGGGCCUCAAGCCAGGCACUCGCUACGUGUUCCAGGUCCGAGCCCGCACCUCAGCAGGCUGUGGCCGCUUCAGCCAGGCCAUGGAGGUGGAGACCGGGAAACCCCGGCCCCGCUAUGACACUAGGACCAUAGUCUGGAUCUGCCUGACACUCAUCACCGGCCUGGUGGUGCUCCUCCUACUUCUCAUCUGCAAGAAGAGGCACUGCGGCUACAGCAAGGCUUUCCAAGACUCAGAUGAGGAGAAGAUGCAUUACCAGAAUGGGCAGGAGACUCAAGGCCCGUGGUGGAGGCGGGGCACGGGGAACAUCAGACAUGUCAGAAUUAACCAGAGACUAAGAACACAGAGCCAUGCCACAGACUUCUCACUUAAGCCUGUGGCACCCCCUCCUGUCUUCUUGCCCUUGAAUCACCCCCCGGGGAAGUUCCCAGAACCCCAAUUCUGUGCAGAGCCCCACACCUAUGAGGAGCCAGGUCGAGCAGGCCGCAGCUUCACCCGAGAGAUCGAAGCAUCCAGGGUCCACAUUGAGAAGAUCAUAGGCUCGGGAGAAUCUGGAGAAGUAUGCUACGGGCGGCUGCAGGUGCCAGGCCAGCGGGACAUGCCUGUGGCUAUCAAGGCCCUCAAAGCCGGGUACACAGAGAGACAGCGACAAGACUUCUUGAGUGAGGCAGCCAUCAUGGGCCAGUUUGACCACCCUAACAUCAUCCGCCUUGAGGGUGUUGUCACCCGUGGCCGCCUGGCGAUGAUCGUGACGGAGUACAUGGAGAACGGCUCUCUGGAUGCCUUCCUCAGGACCCAUGAUGGGCAGUUCACCAUCGUGCAGCUGGUGGGCAUGCUUAGAGGGGUGGGCGCUGGCAUGCGCUACCUCUCAGACCUGGGCUACAUUCACCGUGACCUGGCCGCUCGCAAUGUCCUAGUAGAUGGCCAUCUGGUGUGCAAAGUGUCAGACUUUGGGCUCUCGAGGGCUCUGGAGGAUGACCCCGAAGCUGCCUACACCACUGCGGGAGGGAAGAUCCCCAUUCGAUGGACAGCGCCCGAGGCCAUUGCCUUCCGCACUUUCUCCUCAGCCAGUGAUGUGUGGAGUUUUGGCGUGGUCAUGUGGGAGGUACUGGCCUAUGGUGAACGGCCCUACUGGAACAUGACCAACCAGGAUGUCAUCAGCUCAGUGGAAGAGGGUUACAGGCUGCCAGCGCCCAUGGGCUGCCCACGCGCCCUGCACCAACUUAUGCUGGACUGCUGGCACAAGGACCAUGCCCAGCGACCUCGCUUCUCUCAUGUCGUGAGCGUUCUUGACGCCCUGAUCCACAGCCCCGAGAACCUUAGGGCCACAGCCACAGUCAGCAGGUGCCCACCCCCUGCCUUUGCCAGGAGCUGCUUUGACCUCCGAGGGGGCGGAAGUGGCAGUGGGGACCUCACUGUGGGGGAUUGGUUGGACUCCAUCCGGAUGGGCCGGUACCGGGACCACUUUGCUGCCGGCGGGUACUCCUCUCUUGGCAUGGUGCUUCGCAUGAAUGCCCAGGAUGUGCGUGCCCUUGGCAUCACCCUCAUGGGCCACCAGAAGAAGAUCCUUGGAAGCAUCCAGACCAUGAGGGCCCAGCUGAGCAGCACUCAGGGGCCCCGCCGGCACCUCUGAUUCAUGGACCCCUGACCCUGGUCAUAGCAGCUUUCAGGGGCUUCACAGAGCCACCCAGUAGUUAGGGUAGCUCCUGAGUUCUGCCACAGGACCUACAGUUACAGGAGUCAGGCCCCUGGGACAAGGUUGUUGGUGCUUCAGGUGGAUAGAACACCUGCCCUCUGGAGGCACAGGACCUUGUGCCAUCUAGAGCCUGGGGUCUCCAACACCAGAAUCCAACAGUGACAUCACUCACCUACCUGUAUGUGCGUGCAUGUAGGUGAUGGUAAGGGUGUGCUCUCACAAGGUCCUGGCAGCUGAUAGAAACAAUGUGGGAUCAUGUCUUUGUUCCCAGUCAGGCCCCAGCACAGAUGUGUGCAGGUUACCACGUACGUGCUUAUCCACUAGGGCAGGAGUCACAUAUGUAUGACCACAUAUAACACAUCAUGAAUGGGGAGGCACGAUAGUGUGAGCAAGGAAUCUGAGCUGACACUGCCCAGCCCCCAGUACCUGUGGGGACCAGGCAGAGGCUCACACCUACUCCCCCAGUGCCUGGAGGCUGGAGCCCAGGCUGCUUCUGAAUCACACCAGCACCAGGCCCACUGUCCAGCCUGGGUGAGCCCACCAUGGCUGUAUCUCAGGUCCGGGCCUCCUUCCUAUUUGGGGGAGCCACCUUCAGCUUCUGCCUGGCUCCUCCUGCUGCUCAACAGGAAAACAGGGUUCCUGGCCACUCCCUCUGGCCACCUCCCAUAGAGGGUCACAGCAGAGUGAGAUGCCCUCACAGGGGCUUGGCUGCCUGGCCAUCUGCUCUCAUGGCCGUGGUACCUCUUCCCAAUUUCUCACUGCCCAUCCCUGCCACCCCUGCCCAUGCUGGGAACAGGAGCAUGGGGCAGAUUCUAAGCCCCAAUCCCUCCCCUUCCUAUACCAGAUAGGGAUGCUCAGAGAUGGGGAUUCCUUGUCUGAGGUCACAUGACAACCAAAUUCUAGAGUUGGGCGCCUUUCCUCCCAGCCAUGGUCUGUUAGGAUGGGAGGGGUCUGGCAAGCCCAUCACCCACAGGCUAACAGCUCCUGUUAACGGCCCACCAGGGUAUGUAAAUAUCUUUUUUUCUACCAUGUCAGAAUAUUUUUUUUCUCACUCCUGACAAUGCAAAAAUGGUCUUCAAAGCACAUAAAAAGCACCCCGGGUGAGAAAGCCCCACCCUGGGGGAGGCAGGGCCCAAGGAGCCCAGCCCAGAGGAAAGGGUGGCCCCCUCCCCUGCCCAGCCCUGCCCACAGCCAGCACAGCACCCCGCGAGACACCAGCACUGAGACCCUUCCCUCCUGCAAUAAUUCAGGGGCCUCAGCCCCACCCAGGUGCCGCGGCCAGCUCCUGCGCUUCUAUAUAUUAUAGUACUAUGUAGCCGAGCUGCCCUUCCUUCCUAUGGAAGUGGGAAACACGGUCAGGACACGAGGUGGGGGGGACACCCAGUCUUCCACCCCACCCCACUCACCCAGUGUCUGGGCUUGGGAUCCUCAGGCAAGGCCUCUGAGGUGGGUCCCCCUUGGGGCUCUUGGGGCCUCUCUGUGGCUCCCAUCCUGUCUGGAAAUUACCUGUGAUGAGAAUAAAUUCUGUCUCAUCUUUG